UGAGUGGCAGACGUCACAAAUCUCAUACCCCGUGACAUAAGCAAACAUCGACACACAGUUAUGACACUACUAGUCAUACUGACCAGCUGGAACAUUAAAGGAGUUUUUAGGUGGCCCCCGCUGGCUAACUUGCUGUGGAGUUUUCAAGAGCAUAGAAUCAUCCUUUUCACUAUUAAAAGAAGAUGCUGUUUAAUCUGAGGAUCCUGUUGAACAAUGCAGCUUUUAGAAAUGGUCACAACUUCGUGGUUCGAAAUUUUCGGUGUGGACAACCACUACAAAAUAAAGUGCAGCUGAAGGGCCGUGACCUUCUCACCCUAAAAAACUUUACUGGAGAAGAAAUUAAAUAUAUGCUAUGGCUAUCAGCAGAUCUGAAAUUUAGGAUAAAACAGAAAGGAGAGUAUUUGCCUUUAUUGCAAGGGAAGUCCUUAGGCAUGAUUUUUGAGAAAAGAAGUACCCGAACAAGACUGUCUACAGAAACAGCCAUGGUUAAAUCAUGGAGAGUAUCUGAAUGUCAAGACAUUGUAUUGUCUAGCAUGACAGAUGCAGUAUUGGCUCGAGUGUAUAAACAAUCAGAUUUGGACACCCUGGCUAAAGAAGCAUCCAUCCCAAUUAUCAAUGGGCUGUCAGAUUUAUACCAUCCUAUCCAGAUCCUGGCUGAUUACCUCACGCUCCAGGAACACUAUAGCUCUCUGAAAGGUCUUACCCUCAGCUGGAUCGGGGAUGGGAACAAUAUCCUGCACUCCAUCAUGAUGAGCGCAGCGAAAUUCGGGAUGCACCUUCAGGCAGCUACUCCAAAGGGUUAUGAGCCGGAUCCUAGUGUAACCAAGUUGGCAGAGCAGUAUGCCAAAGAGAAUGGUACCAAGCUGUUGCUGACGAAUGAUCCAUUGGAAGCAGCGCAUGGAGGCAAUGUAUUAAUUACAGACACUUGGAUAAGCAUGGGACAAGAAGAGGAGAAGAAAAAGCGGCUCCAGGCUUUCCAAGGUUACCAAGUUACAAUGAAGACUGCUAAAGUUGCUGCCUCUGACUGGACAUUUUUACACUGCUUGCCCAGAAAGCCAGAAGAAGUGGACGAUGAAGUCUUUUAUUCUCCACGAUCACUAGUGUUCCCAGAGGCAGAAAACAGAAAGUGGACAAUCAUGGCUGUCAUGGUGUCCCUGCUGACAGAUUACUCACCUCAGCUCCAGAAGCCUAAAUUUUGAUGUUGUGUUGCUUGUCAAGAAAGAAAC